AUGGAGCAGAAUCAGAAGAACGCGGGCCCUCCCAUAUACGAUAUCAGUCAAGGUGGUCACUAUGGAGCAAGCGCUGCUUUAUCGGCGCAAGGCUACGUUCCUCAUACUGAAUUGUACUCAGGACUCUGGUCAAAUAUCAAUCAAGGUCUCACUGGCCCAUCACGCGAGAUCCUCGCAACUUACUGGCAGCAAACCAUCAAUCAUCUAGAGACGGACACUCACGACUUCAAGAUCCACCAGCUACCGCUGGCACGCAUCAAGAAAGUCAUGAAGGCGGAUCCCGAAGUAAAGAUGAUUUCUGCGGAAGCACCUAUCUUGUUUGCAAAGGGUUGCGACAUCUUCAUCACAGAACUGACUAUGCGAGCAUGGAUUCAUGCGGAGGACAAUAAGAGAAGGACACUCCAACGGAGCGAUAUUGCGGCAGCACUCGCCAAGAGUGAUAUGUUUGACUUUCUGAUCGAUAUUGUCCCACGCGAAGACAGUGCCGGUCAUGGAAGUGGCUCAAAACGACCCACCACCAGCGGUCAAGGUGCUGCCCAAGUCCCACAGCAACAGCCUCAACAGCAAAUGGCUCCUCCAGACUAUGGCAUACCUCAACAUCCGUCGAUGGGGCCUCCAGACCAGCAAUACGGACGAGCACAAAUGUAUCCUGGCCACAUGGGUGGUGACGGACAACAGGACCCGAACCAAGGUUAUGGCCAGCCUCCUCAAAUGUUUGGCGGAAACGAUAUGUACAAUCCUUACACGCAGGGUCAAUUUGGUGGAGGAGCCCAACAGAUGUAUUCGAAUAUUCCAGGACAGAGGCCUCAAAGUCAAGGCUAUGGCGCGCCGAGGCCAGGAACAGCAGGGCGAAAUGAGCCAGUGAACGAGCCAGGAUAUGGGCCCGGCUAG